AUGAACUUAGCUCUACUGGUUUUGUUCCUCCUUAAGUUGGUGUUAGCCGAUGAGGAUGAGCUAUCUCUUCCCUUUGAACUCCCAAUCUUUGGCCUUGAACAAGGUGUUCGAUGUGGAAAGCAAAAUUCAGGCGUAAAAUGUCUUAAUGGAAUGUGUUGUAGUGUGCAAGGUUGGUGUGGGAACACAACGGAAUAUUGUUCCCCUGGACAAUGUCAAAGUCAAUGUUGGUGCGGACGGCAAGCUAAUGGUACAUCAUGUUCUACCGGAGAGUGUUGUAGUAACGAUGGUCGGUGUGGAACCACACAAGAAUAUUGUGCUCCUGGACAUUGUCAAAGUCAAUGUUGGUGCGGACGGCAAGCUAAUGGUACAUCAUGUUCUACCGGAGAGUGUUGUAGUAACGAUGGUCGGUGUGGAACCACACAAGAAUAUUGUGCUCCUGGACAUUGUCAAAGUCAAUGUUGGUGCGGACGGCAAGCUAAUGGUACAUCAUGUUCUACCGGAGAGUGUUGUAGUAACGAUGGUCGGUGUGGAACCACACAAGAAUAUUGUGCUCCUGGACAUUGUCAAAGUCAAUGUUGGUGCGGACGGCAAGCUAAUGGUACAUCAUGUUCUACCGGAGAGUGUUGUAGUAACGAUGGUCGGUGUGGAACCACACAAGAAUAUUGUGCUCCUGGACAUUGUCAAAGUCAAUGUUGGUGCGGACGGCAAGCUAAUGGUACAUCAUGUUCUACCGGAGAGUGUUGUAGUAACGAUGGUCGGUGUGGAACCACACAAGAAUAUUGUGCUCCUGGACAUUGUCAAAGUCAAUGUUGGUGCGGACGGCAAGCUAAUGGUACAUCAUGUUCUACCAGAGAGUGUUGUAGUAACAAUGGUUGGUGUGGGACCAUAUCUUGUACUUCUGGAGAAUCACAUUCAAGCUUAUCUCCACUGUUGGUAGGUCUCUUCAUAUUUUUAAUUGGUGUUGCUCUCGUUUUCUAUCGUCGUUUUGCAAAUUCUCCCUUGUUUUCUACUUUAAGUUAG